AUGCGCUCCGUGCAGGUCAACCCGUACUCAGACACCAUCGUCGACAAGGCAAAACCACAAACACCAUCAUCCGCCCGCCUCUCACGCCUCGCCGCCGGCAAGCCCGCAGUCCCCAAGAGACCGGCUGCCGAACACACCCGCGCUGCGCCUGCGCCCCGAUCGACGUCGAACACCCAAGGACGGCCCCUCAUCCGUGCCAGCGUCGCGCCAAAGCCCGCUGCGGUGCAAGCUCGAUCCCCGAAUCAACAUCAACAUGUGCUUUCUGUGAGGGCUGCCGCUGCUCCGACACCGCGUUCUUCUGCCACGAGGAACUCCUCCGCCAUGCCCAUCGGAGACAAGCCUCGCCAGCCUCAGCUGAGCGCUGGCGCCGGGCCUGGAGUCGCAAGAGGCUCGACCCGAGCGCCCCUGACGCCCAAAGUCGCCGUGCGAGGUCAGGCGGCCACGACGACGGCCACGACGCCCAUGGCGAGAAGAUCGGGAUCCUCCAUCAACGGCGCGCAAUCCCCUCGCAGCGACGUCAGCUCCGUUGCUGCAUCAUCAUACUUAAGCCACAGCACCACCCCGCGGCCGGGCACCAGGCAGACCCGUGCCGAAAGCACUCAUACGACGCCGAACAGCACCCCGAAUCUCGACAAGCUGAGCGAUGGAUGGGAGACCAAGAGCAACAGGAGCAGCCGCGGGCUGGGCGUGUCGCCCCUGGCACGGACUGACAACACGGGCUCUAGGAAGAGCAUCGGGAACUCGUCCAACGGGCCUGGGGACGACUCCAAGUUCUUCUACGCCAGCAGCAUAAAGCCCGCGGCUCCAACAUCACAUCCGCCUCGGCCAGCUUCUGUGGUCCAUACUAAGAGUACGCCGACCUUUUUCUAUGCGAGCGAUGCUGCCAGCAAGCGAGUGACGAGCCCUCCAGCAUACCCAAGCUCGAGCUCAAACUCACUGAGCUCGGCGCAAGAGGGCGUUGCUACCAAAUUCUUCUACGCCAAUGGCGCACCAGAUGCCGACUUGAGAUUGUCGGCGCGCAGCUCUGGAUCAGGCUCGACCGUUUCCAGUGGCUCUAGAGCGCCUCGCCCAAAUACCAGCGCCUCGUCUGUCGCGGGAUCCAGCACGGUACAAGUGCAUUCGAGGCCAGCAUCGCCCUCCAAGAACCUUACACACCCUACGUUACCACCACAACAACAACACCACCAUCAACAAUCUCCACGAUCAAUACGGACCGGCGCCAUGUCGCCAACGUCUCCAGUUCGAUCUUCAGUCCACCCGUCCCCGACAUUGGCGGGCUCCGCAAGCCAGGUCGGCAAGCGGCGCGUGAGCAUCGAGGCGCCUCUGCGGCUAAAACAGGGGCAUGGCCGCGCAGGGAGUGUCCAUUCCAUAGAUGGCGUGGUGACACCAAAGGUCGCUACUCCAACCAUCGCGCCACCAAUGAUUCAUGCGCCUGACAUGACACCGCCGCUCCUAAGCCCAGGCUUGGCGCAACUGUCACAGCCAGUGACAAUGGCAACGAUUUUGCAAAUGGCUGAUGAGCUCGAAGAUGAGGAGGACGAGGGUAGCGAGGGCGAGGACGGGGAGGAUGGACACAGCGACAAUUCGGAUUCUGACUCCCGCAGCCAUAAGAGGCUAUCCCAGAAUUCUGAGCCGCUUGACCACCUCGUCCUAAGUGCUCGGCGCGAACGUAAAGUUCAGGACCUCGAAAUCACCAAUGCUUCCCUUGAGGCCAUCAAUCGGACUCUCGAAAGGCAGAUGCGCAAACAGUCUGCGGAAUUGCGCCGCUUCCGCCGCUUAUCUAGAGCCGGCCGCUUGCCAAUGGCCACCAACCAGGGAGCCUCUCUGUCUGUACCAGAUGCGUCGGCUGGCCUUGCUGAUGUUAACGAGAAGGAAGAGGACGCAAACCCAGAGAAACAGGAAUACGACGACGACGAUGAGGACGAAGAUGAAGAAGAAGAGGAGGAGGAGGAGGAGGAUGAGGAUGAGGAUGAGGAUGAAGACUCGCUAGUCGACUCCGAGUUAUCCAACGAGAAUGCCGCCACUGACUCCAAAUCUACCGACCCUCAAGCAAAGACAGAUUCACCCAGCGCUAAACGACGUAAACGCGAUGAGCGCCGUCUCCAACUUGAUCUCACUAGACAUCAAGAGCUCCUCCUUGACAGCCAGAAGAUGAACCAGAGUCUCAAGAAGUGCCUGAACUGGACCGACUUGCUGAUAAAGGAGGGCCAGAAAGCACUGGCUUACCGAGUCAAGAUCGCCGACGUGGAUGCUAUGCCUGGACGUGUCUUGGCGGCUUCAUACUACGAUUACCGCGAAGACACAUCUCAGGCUGGAGACGAUACGAUAUCUACUGUUUCCGCAUCGCACUUUGGAGACGAUACCAUAUCAAUUGCCGAAUCUGAAACAUGGGCCAAGGAGGCGCAAGACCGUGACAGCGGCAUAGAAUUGCGCGCUGCGGGUCAUUAG